CGAUUAUAUCUUGCAGUCAUUUAUUGAACAUCCAGUUAAAAAACUUAAUAGGACAUAGUCAGAUAAUAAUGAUUUUGUUUCGACGAAUUUCUCAGCGUAUAAACAAAAAAAGUAUCACCUCCAAGUUCUCAACGGACUUUCAUAAUAUAGGUUCUAGAAGUAUAUGUAUUACGAACCGCCUGCAAAACGCUGAAAAAGAUGUUCCAGUUGAGAAGAAUAUAAUAGUAGACAAAGAUAAAAAUGUAACAUUAAUAGGCAUAAAUAGACCACAGGUGAGAAAUGCCAUUAAUGUAGCCACUGCCACACAACUCUGCGAAGCAUUCAAUGCAUUUGAGGCCGAUGAUUCAUCUCCUGUUGCAGUUUUAUAUGGUAUUGGGGGAUCAUUUUGUGCCGGUUAUGAUAUUCUAGAACUUGGAAAAGAUGGUGGAGAACAGGUUAGUAUUGACAUACUUAUGGCGCAUGAAGGGUCAGUGGGACCAACACGGCGACAUAUACAAAAGCCGGUUGUAUGUGGUAUUAGCGGUUAUUGUAUUGCUAAUGGUUUGGAACUUGCAUUAAUGUGUGAUCUCCGAGUAAUGGAGGAAACAGCUGUGUUGGGUUUCUUCAAUCGGCGUUUUGGAGUUCCCGUUAUCGAUGGUGGUACAGCCCGAUUACCGGCAUUGAUUGGAUUUUCGAGAGCAUUGGAUUUAAUACUGACUGGAAGGCAAGUUUGUGCUGAAGAAGCGCUUUCUAUGGGCGUUGUUAAUCGCGUCGUACCCCCUGGCCAAUCAUUAAUUAAAUCUGUGGAAUUAGCGCAAACUCUUGCGAAAUUCCCACAGAGAGCACUUAAUCACGAUAGAAACUCAUUAUAUUCAGCCGUUUUUGAUGCAGCAAACUUUAACCAGGCCGUUCAAAAUGAAGUUAUGUAUACAUCAAAAGAAAUAAUUGAAGAAAUGCAGCAAGGAAUCAAAUGGUUUAUACAAACGUUCAAAUCCGAUACAACACAUUCGUGGUUAAAACGAGAGAAGUCAAUGGCCGAUUGGGAUGAUAAAAACGUUGCUGCUGCAGCUGAACAAAAAGAGCUUGAAAAACAAACAGCUGAAGCAGCACGUUUGGAAGCAGAGAAGAAGGCGAAAGAAUCUAAGCAAACCGAAGGGCGAAAAAAAUAGCAACAUACACAUGAUGGGUACUGAUUUGUUCUGAGUAUAAGUUUAUAACUUUCAGAAUUUAAAAUUUAUUUAUAUGUUAUGAUGAGUAUUCUUCUAUUAAAAUUUAAAUAUACAUAUAACACCUUUAAAAACGCUAAAUCUAAAUCAAAACGUUUGCGAAUCAUAGAUAGAGUUGUACAUAUGUACACCGGAAUCAAAACAUCAAACAUACAACAAGUAUACUUAUGUUUAGUUGUUACAGACAGCUUUCGUUUUUUUAAUUAUUACAUAGAACAAUAUUGCGUCGGAUCGGGAAUCACAAGCAUUUUAUUUGGUGGAAACAAAAUUAUGCUACUUAUAAAAUGAUAAAAUGGUUACAUUAUUACUGACCAAGCAGAUUGUUGUUUUUUAAUAUAGUUUGUAUAGGCUUGAAUUUGCUUUAAUACAUAAAAUAUGUAAUGCGAAAACUUAUAAAACAAACUAAUAAAACUGUAAAGUGUCACACCUA